CUGAGAGUGAUGCGGCCGAUGUAAACAAAAUUAUUUUUUUUCCAAUGGACGAAGAGGUUCCAAGUGGCAGUGACAAUAUUGUCACUGAAUUCAACACAUACGAAGACUUUUUAGAUUCGCAGAUAAAUUCACUUGAUCUUUACUACCUCGAGGAUGAAGAAUUGGCAAGACAGUUGGUUGAACUUGGGUACAGAGGGAGUGGGGAAGUUCUGAAACGGGAAGAGUUUGAAGCAAGAAAACAAGCAGCUGAAGCCAGCAGACUGUCAAAACGCAGUCAACAAAAAACAUUAGCCAGUUCAGGAAAGGAGUUGAAAGAUCCGUUUUUGAAAGCCUUGGCACAGAGGGAGGAAGCAAACCGGAGUGGUAAAAUGACUACAAUUAUUUUUGUGAGGGAUAAGAAUGCGAGAGGUCAGGAGAUUUCUGGUUACAUUGACUACGCCCACCGACUGAAAACUGAAGAUUUUGAGCCGUACUUCACCAGUAGAAAGCGCUUGCUACCUAGACCUUUAGAUUUAAGUUUCUACAACUGGGAGACCCAGACAUCUACAUCCAGUCCGACGCCCAACUAUCAAGUUAUUGCUGAAAAUGCAUCAGGCUUGCUUUUCAAGAAUAAACGAGACAGGAAAAUCAUUAAUGUUGACCCAAAGGCGGCCACCCCGGGAGACAACUCUACUCGCACUGUGAUAGAAACACCUCGUUACACUCAAGUUGUUAUUUAUGACCACAUAACGAGGAGGAAAACUUAAUCAUAUACUGUUAAAUUAGUUUGUAAAAAUGAAAAUUGUGUGAAUGGCAAACAUUUUGUGAUCUUGUUUUAUGCAAAUCAUUCACAGUACUUUCUUAUGUUUUUCUCUGUUGUUGUGAUGUCACUAAUAUGGAACACUUUGGUCCUUUAUGUCACAAGCAAAUAAUAGAUACAUUUUUAACAGAAAGUUUUAUUUUUAAUGAAAUGUAAACCAAAAUUGAAAGUUCAAAUGUUUUUAGUUGUGGAGGGUUAUCUGAUAUUAAAAACUUAUAAUUGUAUAUAUUCGUUUAGUUACUUUAAAGUCAUGUUUGUAAGGGUUUUCAUUAUUUAAUUUAAUUGUAUAUGUAUUUAUAUUACCGGUAUAAUAAUUUCAUUAUUUUUAUUAUUGAAUUAUUUUUCUUAGUACAAUAAUAUAUAUUUUCCUUGUUUCAUGUGAAAAAGAAUUAGUACUUAUAAAAUUAUCUCUUUUUUUAUAUAAAAAGAAUUAAGUUAAAAAGCAAAUCAAUUUAAUUAGUGGAUAAAUGGAUGUUGAUUCUUCCAUUGUGUCACAUUAAUACACUCAGACAAGAUAUUUUAUUAGAACUAUAUUUGGAUGCUUCAGUUUGUAGAGACUAUUUGUAAAAUACAUAUAGUAUCUACUUAAAGCGGCUGAAUAAGAUGUUUUCUCUGUGUGUUUUUUAUUAUUAAAUGUAACUCUGUGCAACACUGGUUAUAGUUUUACAUUUUAAGUGACAUGUUUUAUUUUCAUUUUAAAAUAAAUGGUUCUAAUAAA